CUGAAGUAUUUCCUGUUUAUUUGAUAUCUCAUUUUUGACAUUUUGUCGUCGCAGUAAAUCCAUUAUUUCAGUUGAAUGGAACAGCCAUAAAUCCAAAUGAUGGAGAGUCCUAGCACUCGCACUCCCUGGCAGAAACUGCCCGAUGACAUUCUCCUGAAGAUAUUCACGUAUUUACAAGCACAGCAACUAUUGGUCAUAUCUCAAGUGUGUCGUUCCUGGUCGCGAGUUGCCUAUGAUGAGUUGAUAUGGAAAGACUUGUUCUACCGCUAUUGGAAGAUCAAGCGCUCCAUCCCGAUGGCACCCGACAAGUACUCGUGGAGAGAGGAGUUCCAGCGUCUUUAUGCCCAUACUCCGCUAUUGGAGAGUGAAGUGAUCAAGCAGCACACAGAUCAGGUGUUGCACGUCAGCUUCUCUCAUAACGGCGAGAUGUUUGCGACAUGUUCUAAAGACGGCUUCAUAAAGGUGUGGAACAUGGACUAUCCUGUCACAAUCAAAUACAGCAAAAGCCUUAAAAACUUCACAUGGAAAUACACUCAGUUUAGCCAGUUCAACCAGUCUGACACCUUACUUUUAGUGUCUGGGGUCCACUUUGGCUCAUUCAGUACUUCGGGGGAAAUUGUUGUCUUCAGCCUCAAAGAUGGGUUUGAACUGCAGUGUCGCGUCAACAACAAGCCAUAUGACAUAUUUGGUACAUGGUACAAUGAUAACUAUCUGUUAUCCGGCAACCUCUACUGGAUAGGACAUCUUUCCUCUUGCUCUGCACUAUGGAUAAAUAAGGCUUCACAGUGCCUAGAUUCGGAGACAGAAUCAGUGGUAAUGAGACUUUUAAAAUUUCACAAUGUGAACGCCAGUACCAUAAGGACAAUCAUGGUCGCAAACUGCCCUAAACAAAUUGAUGCAGGCCAAGCUGCAGCGAUGGAUAGCAGACCAGAUGUUUCUGCUGAGAAACGACUCAAAAGGAGCCCAUCCCUUGACCCAGUAGAGAAUCUAAUUCAAUACAAGGAGGAUUAUAGACUUGCCGAGCAUUUGGAAGAAUCAGUCGAACCAAUCAAUUUUGAUGGAUCAGAUGACUCUAAUUUCUGUUCAGAACACUAUGGUAUAAACUACAGCCAGAUUUCAGACGAUAGUCCUGCGGGGUCUUCCAAUCCUGCUGUUGGUGCAAUGUGGGAUUUUCCUUCUCCAGCUGUGAACAUGGACACCAAAGCAUUACCAUACACGGAGCCUGACUCGUACGGCGGGACUGGGAAUCUGGACGUUGGUACUUCCUCCAGUCAAAUUCUCCAUAGCGCCAAGGAGAACACCUGUGAUAAAUAUCUUAUCUUUACAACCGGCACAUUGACCUACACGCCACAUUUAAUUGGUAUCAAGAAAAUGCAUAUGGAAGUGCUACAGGAGGCGGAUUUAAAGUUAAACAGUGAUGAACGAUUGCUUCCAAACGUGGCCGAUAAUACCCAUGGCCUCGAUCGUGAAGACGAUUAUAAUGAUGUGGAUCAUUUGAUUGAGAUGCACGGCCACAUUAUAGGGAUGUGCCUAUCUCCAGAUCACAGGUACCUUUAUGUCAACAGCAGACCAUGGCCUAAAAACUACACCAUUGAGGACCCAAGGGAGCCCCCACCAAUUGCUCAAGAAAUCGACAUCCAUGUGAUAGACCUUUACACCAUGAAGGAGGUCGGCACGAUGCACAGAUCGCACAAAGCGUAUACACCCAAUGAUGAAUGCUUCUUCAUAUUCCUGGACGUGUCUGAUGAGCUAGUUGCAAGUGGAGCAGAAGACAAGCAUGGGUACAUGUGGGACAGACAUUAUGGUAUCCUCCUCACAAAAUUCGAGCACAAAGACGUGGUGAACUCAGUUGCAUUCAAUCCAAAAGAUCCCGAGGUUUUGAUCACAGCAAGUGACGAUAAUACAAUCAAAAUAUGGCGGUCACGGAAUCGUGAAGCAGAGGUGAAGAAAAAUGUCAAAACUGAGCCUGUGUGUAAGGCUGGGACAGUGGAAACUGUGGUUGAAUAUAAGUGGCCUGUUGUUGACUUAGGUUUCAAGGACUGAUUGAUAUUUCACUGGGGACGGUAGUGUGCAGGGUGUGAAAAUAUAAGUAGGAGGAGGUCAUCUUGCUUUGAAUUUUGAGUUCAAACAUUAUCAAGAAGAACUCUACCUUUUACAAAUGGCUUUGUCUAUAGCAGUUAAUAUCACUUCCUUGUUUCAUUCAGUUUUAGUUGUGAUAUGUUUAUGCUGUGAUUAUGAUGGUAACUGAAAAGACAAAAUAGUAUAUAUUGAAGUCUGAUUGGAUUGGUGAGAGACACCAACUUUCCAUCAAUCGCAGACGAGGGGUAUAGGGUUCAGAUUGACCACUACAUGUGAGAGACCUCUUAACUCCUUGAAAUUUGCAAUGAGUGACUUUCUGAUCACUAAAUCUCAUUAAACAUGGGAAGAAAUUGCUUAUUUUAUUAUCAUAUUUUUGGAUUUUUAUCCUUUGGCAGGGUGAGGGCAUUUUUUUCAUUGUAUCUCUUUGUGAGGCCUUAAGUGUUUUAAUCAUUGAAUUUUAAACUGUUUAUGGCCAAAAUGCUAAAGAAAGCCAAAAUACGAAAUAUAAAUUCACUAUAAGUGUUCGUAAUGGUAGUUUAGACAUGUUAGCAGUAUUAUGCUCUGCCUUCCAUUUUGAAGUUGUGCUUUGUGAAAGUGCUUGUGUUCAAUUUUAAAGGAAGAGGGCAAAUGACUGUUGGCUGAGAGUACAGAGUAUACUGGUGGAACCUCUCUGCUAAGGACACCAUUGGGACUGAACAAUGACUUCCUUCUGUUGAGAGAGUCGUAUGGAUUUGGCACCGUGAAUAUGAGAUGGACUCUAAAACUUCUAGCUACACAUAAGUGCCACCAGUCCAACAGUAAGGCCACCAGUCCAACAGUAACCUGUCCUACUCUUCAAUAAUUGUCAAAUAAUAAUAUAUAAAUGUACAUAGUAUGAGCCUGUCUGUAUAAAUAAGAGAUGAAUAAAGAUGUUAUGUGAAAAAAGAGUGAUUA